UCGACGGUGACCGUUGAUCCUGAGUCAUGUCUGGACGUGGCAAACAAGGCGGCAAAGCUCGCGCCAAGGCCAAGACUCGCUCUUCGCGGGCUGGUCUCCAGUUCCCCGUGGGCCGAGUGCACCGUCUUCUUCGCAAAGGUAACUACGCCGAGCGGGUCGGUGCCGGGGCCCCGGUGUAUUUGGCGGCGGUGCUGGAGUACCUGACGGCCGAGAUCCUGGAGCUGGCGGGUAACGCGGCCCGUGACAACAAGAAGACGCGCAUUAUCCCGCGCCACCUGCAGCUGGCCAUCCGCAACGACGAGGAGCUCAACAAGCUGCUGGGCAAAGUUACCAUCGCUCAGGGUGGUGUCCUGCCCAACAUCCAAGCGGUGCUGCUGCCUAAGAAGACGGAGAGCCACCACAAGGCCAAAGGCAAAUAGAAGGCCGGGGUUACUUUGCAGCAGUUCAAAAGUCUCAAUCAAACCAAAGGCUCUUUUCAGAGCCACUUAAAGUUUCUGGGAAGAACUGAGCACUAAGUUUUAAAGCUUACAUCUUAGCUGAUAGUUUAAAAUAAACAUGUAUUAUGCCACCCUUGAAACUUAACUUACCUAUAAGCAUUGGCAGAUAUGAGGGUUUAUUUACUCAUUAAGGCUUUUUGGUUUUAUGGUGUUUAGUAAUUAAAGGCAUUCCGUGUGUCAAGGGAUCAAAUCAAACCUGCAUUUUAAGCCAAAGGCCAUCAUUGGCGGCGUUAGUUUUCUGAAAAAGCCCUGAAACGGGCCUUGGACUCCCAAACAUGGGGGCGCUUUCUCGUUUUUUGUAUGUAAGACUCGAGCCUUGACCUUCCUUGAGUUCCAAGUAGAUUUGAAGAGUUGCUAGGAGGAGCAGACUAGAAACCACCUGAGGGAAGAUUGAAGGGAUCAGAGAAGCUCAUCAAGACUAGGACACCUGGACCACCUGAUACCCUGCAUACACCCUAACCUUGUCAGAAACCACUCCCUUGAGAAGUAUAAAACUCAUCAAAUCUUCCCAGGUUGGGACGGACGGUUUUUUGAGACAAGUUUACCUGGUGGCUCAGACGGUAGAGUCUGCUUACAGUGCGGGAGACUCGGGUUCAACCCCUGGAUCCGCAAGAUCUCCUGGAGAAGGAAAUAGCAACCCACUCCAGUAUUCUUGCUUGGAAAAUCCCAUGGACGGAGCAGCCUGGUAGGCUAUAGUUCACGACUGAGCGACUUCACUUCACUUUGAUACAACAGCCCUCUGUCUCUCCUCUUGUCUGACAAAGGAGUAAAAUUUUUCUAUUUCACCCAAAACUGUCUCCCAGAUUCAGUUCUGUACUGAUGUACAGAGAAGCGGAGCUCUCGGCAUCUCUAAUUUCACGUCAGUGUACCUUGUUUUUU